AUGAUGAAAUUUGAAAACUGGUCCCGUGGUGACUACCUGAUCUCUACAGAUCCAGCCUUGCUGCAGGUUGAUGCUACCAAUGCAGCUCUCGGAUCGGACAUGGUGUGGUGGGCUGGUGACCUGCCAGUUGAUGCCCUUAAACGGGCGCUGGAUGGCUCGCUUUGCUUUGGUCUGUACCAGAAAGCGCCCGGUGACUCUGACACAAACGAGUCCUGUGCAACUACAUUGCAGAUUCCUCAAAACUAUUGCACUCCUCUGAAGCAGAUAGGGCUCGUUCGUGUUAUAACCGAUGGUGUCACGUUCGCAUAUCUGACGGAUGUGUAUAUUUUGGAGGGACAACAGGGGACGGGCCUCGGCCGCUGGCUACUGGAAAUCAUGAAUAAGAAAUUGCAAGCGUGGCCACAUCUUCGACGAGCCAUGCUCUUGACUACGAACAAGAUGCCUCUAUUCGCAAAUUCUCUUGGCAUGAAGGAUUAUAGAGAGCUAGAUGGGAUGAAAGGGGUCUCUAUUGCUAUGGUGGAAGGUCCAGGUGCUCAACACUGA